UUUAGUUUUGGAGCCCCGCUGGAAAAAUCCAAUCUUUGAUUUGGAAAUCAAUAAAUAGCAGUUGGAGGGCUUACUGUCUUGGCCAGAUUAAUCCUUGUCGCCGGAAUAAUAAGAACGGCCGAUGGCGGAAUCUAAUAAUUGGUCUGAACUGCCGGUGGAGCUCCUCUGUAUGGUCGAUCAACGGCUGUUCAAGUUGAAGGAUGUUAUCCGAUUUCGUGCCACUUGCAAGCCGUGGAGACGAAGCCUAAAUUCGGUUCGUGGGAAGUUUAGGCAAUCCUUGCCGUGGCUGAUGCUUCCGUAUUGCAGCGGCGACAUUGAUAGUACUUCGUCGGGGUGUAAAGGCAGCGAUAUCUGUAGGCGGUUUUUCGAUGUGGCCGAGCAAAAAUUUCACCACAUCGAGUUGCCACAAGGCUUAGACAAAACGACCUGCCGCGGCUCUGCUUUCGGUUGGGUGCUUACUUUGCAGAGGACACCAUUUAUGUUCUUGUUGAACCCUCUCACAGGAGAUCAGAUCGCGCUGCCCCCCAUCACGAGUUUUCCUGACGUGUUGAAGUUCCGGCCGGAGAAAAUCGGCCAUGAAUACUUGUGGGUUAAUGAUUCGGGCUGCAAGAUAGCCAGGGGAAAGAAGUCCUUUGAGGCUAGAUACAUAAGUAAGAUGGCUCUCUCUGCUGACCCUGCUGUGGAGGAGGACUUUGUUGUGAUGGUUAUACGCUGCAGCCUUGGUGAUGAUAGGCUAGCGUUUUGCAGACCUAGGGACGACGAAGCAUGGACGUUGAUUCCUCGCCCAGGGCCGUGCCUAAUGGCUUUUACGGAUGUUGUGUACUGGAGGGGUCAAUUCUACGUCUUGGACAACUUUUUCAGACUUUUCAUUUGCGAUAUCUCCAUCGCAGGGCAUCCAAGACUCCGAUUGUUGAUUGACAGUAAGAGUACUACUGAUUUUUCUGAGAAUUACUACCUAUCGGUGAGUCCAACAGGAGAUGAAUUGAUGAUGGUGACUAGAAAUAUAAGGUACCCCGAGGAGGACGAGGAUGAUGACGACAAUAAUGGUUACAUUAUUCCGGUUGAUCACGGCGUGAAGGAUGAUGAAGCUGAUAUAGUCGCUCUUGAUGAGGACUCGGACGACGAACGCUGUGUCGAUCCUGGGGUGAGUUUAGACAGGAGGGUCCACCGGACGAUUCGGUUCAAAGUUUUGAAACUGAACGAGGAUACAAAGGAAUGGGAUGAGGUUAGAAGCAUUGGCGAGUAUGCUCUCUUCCUGGGCUUCAACACUUCAACUUGCGUCUCUGCUCGAGAUCACCCGGAGAUUGUGCCGAAUUCCAUCUAUUUCACGGAUGAUAUGCUUGAUUAC